CCGCCCCAAUUGGGCCAGGCGACGGAGGAGAGCCCCGCCCUUUCCGGUAUGGCCUGCGGCCGGGGGCGCCCCGGAGUGGGCGUCGGAGUGGUGGUCGUCAGCUCUGCCCACCCAGGAUGCGUCCUCCUCGGUCAGAGGAAGAGCGCUGUCGGCGCCGGCCUGUUCCAGCUCCCCGGAGGACACCUAGAGUUCGGGUAGGCCUGCGCGGGGCGAUGACGCCAUUCUGCGUCGUCGUCAGGCGACCUCCGCUGAGGGGCUGGGAGGCAGCAGGCCGGGCAGAAACGAGCUCUCUGGGGAUCUGCUCCCCGAUUUCAGUCACUCAGAAAAAUCUCUAGUGUCCUAAAAAGAAAGCUAAAUCAGGCCCCUAUGCUCGUGCAAACUUCGCCUUCUGGUGCAGCCCAGACCUUAUUGCUGGUAGUGAUUUCUUUGGGAACAAUAUCUUAUAUUUAUAUUUUCCUGACUUGGACCAAUCACCUCAUCUACCGCAAAAGGCUGCCGUGAAGUUAUAUAAGGAAGUAUAAAAUGUCCGCAAAGGGGGACGUGGUGCUUGUCUCAUAGGCAUCACAGUUUGGUUCCUUUCACCAGACUGAGGCAUCUUAGUACUGCACUAUGAAGGGUCAUGCUUUCUGCUUCCCCACUUUCAAAUCAAAGGUAAAGGGACCCCUGACCAUUAGGUCCAGUCAUGACUGACUCUGGGGUUGCAGCGCUCAUCUCGCUUUAUUGGCCGAGCGAGCUGGCGUAUGUGGCCAGCAUGACUAAGCCGCUUCUGGCGAACCAGAGCAGCGGACGGAAACGCCGUUUACCUUCCCGCCAGAGUGAUACCUAUUUAUCUACUUGCACUUCAUGCCUAUGAACUGCUAGGUGGGCAGGAGCAGGGACCGAGGAACAGGAGCUCACCCUGUCAUGGGGAUUUGAACCUCCGACCUUCUGAUCAGCAAGUCCUAGGCUCUGUGGUUUAACCCACAGCGCCACCCGCGUCCCUUACUUUCAAAUUAGUACAGCUCUAAUUCACCCCACUUGUGUUCAAGUGAGCUAACUCCUAGAUGUGUGCAGGGGAUUGCUUCCAAAGAGGAGUUCUCUCUACUAUUUUACUUUUAUUUUGGUUGGUUUUAAAAGAGGAUUAGACAAUUUCAUGGAGGAUAAGGCUACCAAGAACUGCUAGCCAUGAUGGCUAUGCUCUGCCUCCAUGGUUGCAGGCAGUUUGCUGCUGAAUAUUAGUUGCUGAAAAUAACAGGGAGGCGGACUCCUAUUGCGCUCAGGUCCUGCUGGCAGACUUUCAGUAGGCAUCUGGUUGGUCACUGAGAAGAGAAUGAGCCACAUCCAGCAGACUCUUCUUAUGGUAUAUUUAUAUUUAAUCAUCUGGACUGGAUGACUUCUCCCCCCUGCAAACCCAAUAGAAUUGGUCACGGCCAGUUGCUUGAGUGCAGGGGAAACACCCCCCCCAUUUUAAAUGACCUAAUGGAGCCAUGUUUUUCAUAUCUUUGAUUCUUUUGAGCCCCCUCUUCACGCCUAUAUUGUCCCUUAAAUGGGGGGGGGGAGGGCAAAGCCAUUCAAUUACCAUCUUUCAUGCGGCUUCAUGGCUAAGAAGCUGGGCUCUUACUUCAAGCAAAUAGAACUGAUUAUUGCCUUCUCAGUAGAAAUAGUUUUUCUUUUUUCUUCUUGCUGUUUAGUGAAAGCUUGGCAGAAUGUGCAGAAAGAGAGGUUUUGGAAGAGACAGCCUUGCACCUAACAAAUGUUCGCUUUGCAUCAACUGUAAAUUCUGUUAGUCUGAAGGAUAAUUACCACUAUGUAACGAUCUUAAUGAAAGGAGAGGUGGAUGUGAAUUAUGAAUCUGAACCAAGGAAUCUGGAACCUGAUAAAAAUGAAAGUAGGAUAUUAUAUUUUUUACUCUUCAGUGAGCAUUAGGUAGUUUCUGUAACCACAUUCUCUGCGUAGUAUUAAUGUAAGCUUAUAUUUUUCUUGUAUCACGUAUGAAAAUGCUGUCACAUACACUGAUUUUUUUACUGUUUUUGGUGAGAUUUAGGCUGCGAUCUUAUAAAGUAUUACCUUGGGAGUAUACUGACUAGGGUUGCCAUAUCUUAAAGAGCAAAAAAGAGGACAGCCCAAGAUGGAGAAAGAGGGGCACAGAUGCGCAGGGCCGCUGCUGCACCCACAUGCCUCUUUCGCCAGCUUGGGUUGGCAGUGGCCGGGCAUGCAGAUCAUGUGCGUCUCUUUCCCUGGUUCAGGCUGGCAGCGGCCGUGGCAUUGAGAGCAGCGGUUGCACAAGAGAAAAAUAAAUAACUCCUAAACCCAGACAUUUCCUUUAAAAUGUAAAAAUCUCCCCAGAUGGGCAUGUUUGCCCCCCAAAAGAGGACAUGUCUGGGAUUAGCCAGACGUAUGGCAACCCUAGAUUAGGCUCUAUUCUUUCCAAGAUGGGAUGGCAUUUUGAUGGGGACCACAUUGUGUGGAUGCUGCAAAAUACUUGCAUGCAUGAGUGGCACCAAGUACACAAUAAACUGGAUGGAAGCACUUAAAUUCAAAUGCAUCCUGACCCUAGGGAUGAAAUAUAUUUGGGUGUUACCUGAGCCAGGUCAUAGGACUUCUGAACUUGCAGUAUCUAUCAUCAUUUCUCUCUUUUUCUUUGUUUACAGGUUGGGAAUGGGUAAAAUGGGAAGAGUUUCCUUCAGCAGAUCAACUGUUUUGGGCUUUAUGCUGCUUAAAAGAACAAGGUUACAAUCCUUUCACAGAAGAAUUUAAUCACCUUGUGGGAUACACUGGAAAUCAUUAUGUGAAAAAAGAGUGCUAAAUUUACUUUAUAGGAAAUAUGUGUUUUUACAGAGACAUUUAUUUGUAAAAUGAAUUCUGUAUCACCUGGGAAGGGGUAGUUUUAUCUAAGCAUGAAGUCAGCUACUUCCAUGAAAUGUAGCAAUAAUCCUUGACACUAAACAUGCCACAAAAAUGCAGCAGUUUUGCAAUCAGUGUUUGUCUUUUUUGCCUCUACUCUUCAAUCUAUAAUGGCAAGUAAGAUUUUGAUGUAAUAGAUAUGCACUAUUACAAAGCAAGUGUGCAAGAGGAUGCAGUAGAGCAGCUUUCCUGAAAGCGAGAUGAGCGCUGCAACCCCAUAGUCACCUUUGACUGGACUUAACCGUCCAGGGGUCCUUUACCUUUACCUUAUUAAAUACAUGGUUGUUCCUUCCAUACCCUGUGUGAUAGCACGCUGAUUGCUUUUUGAAUGUUGUCUUUGAUAAACAAGUAUUGUGUUGUAUGUUUCAUGUUGUGUCUUCCUCACCAAAAUAAGUUUCUCUGUCUCAGUUUGGAGAGUUACCAUCAAAAACAAAGCACAGAAAAGUAGUUAAUACACAGAGUUUAGGGCACCUUUGGCUUUUCAGGUAGGAGAAACUCCCAAAUUUCCCCUUUCCAGCCAUGAAGAAAGCUAAAACACACAUUAUCUGACAAUGAAGGCUUGAAUGCCUUUAGGAAAGCAGUGAGAAAAACUUUUCUGUUGACAAUAUUUAGGAGUGACACAUUACUAGUGGGUGCUGCCAAAUCCAUAGUGACCAUUGGCACCCUUUUCCUCUCCCCAAAGGGUUUUCACAGGAAUAAUAGAUUGCUGGUGCCAGGAAUGAUUGCUUACAGAAGGUUUACCCCCCCCCCCCCGCUUCUCCCAUCACUAUUCAUCUUGGCCCCUUCCUCCAGAUUGCCCACUCCCACAAGAAAUUUCUAGACUGAGGACCACAGGAUGCCACCUAUUUUAGAGUAGCUGGCAGAGCAGUCCCCAUGACAACAGGACAUGCAAUUUUUAAAGGUGGGGCAGCAGCAACAUCUGACGACCAGAUGCAUCAGUCACCACUGCCUUAGCAAAACACACACAGUAUUUUUUAAGAUGAAGCAAGCAAUUAAAUAUAUAUAUAGGACUGCCUAACUUGAGGGAAAAGACCAGAGGAAGCGUAAAAUAUGGAGAUAAAGCAGCUAACAUGCAAUGUUGCUGCAAAGGAAAAGAAACGACGCCUGGAAUUCCAUAUACAUUGCCACCAUUAGAUAGGCAUCCCACUGUCCUACACCUUCCAGGCUGGGAUGGGCAAUUCCCCGUCCACCUCUGCUGAGGGUCUGCAUGCCUGUGGUGAACAAGGCAUUAAAGAUUAAAUGAGGUGGAAGAAGUUAAGAUACCUGCUUACAUACCUUCUCUGCAGGCCCAACAACCACCAGGUUUUGCACUAGCCAAGGGUCCUAGAUCACCCCCAGUGCUGAGGGCCUUCUGGCGGUUCCCUCACUGCGAGAAGCCAAGUUACAGGGAACUAGGCAGAGGGCCUUCUUGGUAGUGGCACCCGCCCUGUGGAACGCCCUCCCACCAGAUGUCAAAGAGAAAAACUACCUCCAGACUUUUAGAAGACAUCUGAAGGCAGUCCCGUUUAGGGAAGCUUUUAAUGUUUAAUAGAUGAUUGUAUUUUAAUAUUCUGUUGGAAGCCGCCCAGGGUGGCUGGGGAAUAAAAAAUAAAUUAUCAUCAUCAUCAUCAUCACCACCACCACAAAAAGCUGCUUUUACCAGCUUGACUUCCUACCUGCUCACCACUGAGUGGAGGUGUGCAAGAACCAGUUGGGAGCAAAACUGGGCUCCUAACUGGUGGCUCUCUCUUCCUUGGUUCUUUCAGUUGCUCUGAAGCUAUAUACCAGUCCAUGGGGGAUCCUUUGAAGUGAGGUGAAGUUCAUUUUCCUAGACAUUUCACCCAGUUCAAACUACACUUUGGCCUUUUGUCAGUGUAGCAAAUUUUUUUUUUUUUAAGAGUUGGGAUGGGGAUAGUAGUUUCCGUAAAAGGACAAAGCACUGGGCAGGGAUUUGGCUGCUGGGAUGCUGGUGGCAGGGGCCAAGUGCUGGACCAUGCUGAGGUGCAGCUCUGUGGUAUGUGAGGAAGAGCUGCGUGGCCCUGCCCACCCCUGGGGUUCCUGGAAAGCUGGCUACAAGGGAAGGUGAGCCUCAAUACUGCAGGUCCUGGAAUAUGGACAGUUGUGAGUAACAUACUGCAUGAAUUAAGUGGUGAUGCUAGUCCUCCCUAUCAGUGCUUUUUCUUUCUAAAUCACCCACUAACUCCCCCCCCCCACAGCAAGCAACACACCUAACAUUCAAAGGCUAAAUAAAAAACUGAGCAUAUAUAUACUGCAAACAACUUGAGGGUGCAAUCCAAAUACAUGGCUGGCAGCAGUGGAGGUUGGAACUGUGUAGCCACUGCCACAUCCAUAGCUGUCUCUGGCACAGGAAAAAUGUGUCUGCUAUGUGGUCCCCAGGCUAGCACAGUAGAGAGGCUGAAAUCAAAUCCAUUACCACCAUAGCAUGACCCAGCUCAGGAUCCAGUACUGGCCAAUGCCAACUCCCCAAAUGCCAUGGCAGGGAUACAGUGGUACCUCGGGUUACAGACACUUUAGGUUACAGACUCUGCUAACCCAGAAAUAGUACCUUGGAUUACGAACUUUGCUUCAGGAUGAGAGCAGUAAUCGCUUGGUGGCAGCAGCAGGAGGCCCCAUUAGCUAAAGUGGUGCUUCAGGUUAAGAACAGUUUCAGGUUGAGAAUGGACCUCCGGAACGAAUUAAGUUCUUAACCCGAGGUACUCACUGUUUACAUGGUGACAUUCAGGCACUCACCGGAAGGGUUCCUUUGCCACAGCCAACCCCCUUCCAGCACAGCCGGUUGGGAGUUAGGAUUCUUCUGUGAAUAGUACAGCAAUCUUCAAUAUCGCAUGUACAAUAGAACUCUUAGCACUGUAUCCAAGGUUUGCUUGAACAGAAAGCAGCUUGCAUAACCUAGCGUUCCCCUAUACUGCCCUGUAAAACCUCCAGAGGGCUGUAAGGCCCUACUGAAUAAUGUGCACUGUGUGUGUGGGCACUGGUGGGGUGGGGGGCUCUGGUGGGAGGGUAGAAUAAUCCAAAGUAGCGGAGGCACUUUGUGUGUGCAUUCACCUGAUUUUAGGUGCUUCUCCCCCACGCUGGCAGCAGCUGCCAGCACAGCCCCUGAUGUUCAGAAGGGUCUUCAGCCCUAUGGAGAGGCUUUUCAGAAAGAUUCUUGUGGGGUGGAGUAGGUUGAGCUGAGGAGGACUGGUUGGAUCAGCUUUAUUUUGUGCAACAAGUGGUACAACUUUAUGCCCUCCUAGUCCAUCGUUUUCAGAAAAAAAGAUGACUAGUGGUAUGCUUUUGUUUGAGGGAAAGCUGUUCAUAAUACACCAAAGUUAGUUCAAGCUUAUAUUCUAUAAACUGGUCAUAAGUUGAAUCCAGCAACUAACUUCAAAUAUCUGCAAAAGUUUAACUGUUUUCACAUUGCAUAUUCUCUGAAAAGUUAGAGAGAUGAAUCCAGAGAUUCUGUGAGUGAAAUUCUCCCCAAAUAAUAUUUCUGUUAAUGGAAAUGCAAAUACUUUCCCCAAAUUCCUUCAUGCCCUCCAACUAUCUAUUCUGACAAGGCUAUUAGGGGAAUUAGUGAAAAUUUCCUCAGUCUGUUUGCUGUCACCACCACUAGAAAAAAGCCCCUUCCACAAAUUAAAGGAUUAUCAGCUACCACUUCCUGCAGUUGUUCUUUCUAUUUCAUCUUCAAGAAUUUAUCUACACAUUGAAAUAAAUUGUGUUACAGCUGCUGGAAACAAGCUUCACUUUCUCCAAGACUGUUUCCAGCCAUAGCUGGGUUAUUCUGAAUAAACAGCAAUUCAUAAAAUAUAAUGAAAUAAAUGUCAAAGUUGUAGACAGUUUUUCCCCUUGCACUGUGGCUAUCUGGAUUGCAGAGCAGGUGCUUAAUGAUGUAUAUAAUGUGCACCAAACAGACUGAGUCACUACUGCUAAUCUGAGUCACUACUGCUGGUUGAUGAAUCUGUUGACAUGACUUCCACAUCAUCUUCAUUCUCCUUAUUAUGUCCAGGAGGUUCCAGCAUAAAGUCAUUGCUGUGAUUAGGCGGUAGCAUGUUCAUUGACAUGUCGCUUGAUUGCCAGGGAUACUGAGGUGCGAGUACAUCUAAAGGAAAAAUGAAAUGAUACAAAAAUCACACAUCCAGAUAUUUUCAUAGCAAUGUAUUUUAACAACUUGCAGUCCAUUGUUAUGCACAGUUUAGAAGUUUCACGUAACUAUGCAGUUCUUUAUUUCUAACUACAGUGGUACCUUGGUCUAUGAACAUCCUAGUUCACAAACUAUUUGGAACACAAAUACUUCAAAACUGGAAGGUGUUCCAGUUAGUGAACUUUUUCUGGAAUCCGAACAUACUCUGUUCGGGGGUGCCCUUCCGUUUUGAGUGCCACACUUCCGUUGUCUGGCAGCGGAGAAGGGGGCCGUCACGGCGUUUCCUGCAGCAGCGAGGGAGGGAAGCUGCGUGCCCGCUCACCUGUCAGCCGGUGCGCAACUCCCCCCCCCCCCCAUGCUGCUGCGGGAGGCGCGUGCUCUAGGGAGCAUUUCCUGCAGCAGUGUGGUGGUGGUGGGAUCUGUGUGGAUCCCAGUUCAGCUACUGACUGACUGACUGUGUGACUGCGGAAAUGGAUAAAAGCCCCCCCUCCAUCCGAACAAUGACUCAUCAGUGCAGGUAAUAAAUUUUAAUUUUUAUCAUCCACAAUACUGUUUUAAUUAUUUUAUAGUACAGUACAUUGAUUAUUAGGGACACGGGUGGCGCUGUGGGUUAAACCACAGAGCCUAGGACUUGCCGAUCAGAAGGUCGGCGGUUUGAAUCCCCGCAACGGGGUGAGCUCCCGUUGCUCGGUCCCUGCUCCUGCCCACCUAGCAGUUCAAAAGCGCAUGUAGAUAAAUAGGUACCGCUCCUGCGGGAAGGUAAACAGCGUUUCCAUGCGCUGCUCUGGUUUGCCAGAAGCGGCUUAGUCAUGCUGGCCACAUGACCCAGAAGCUGUACGCCGGCUCCCUCGGCCAAUAAAGCGAGAUGAGCAUCGCAACCCCAGAGUUGGUCACGACUGGACCUAAUGGCCAGGGGUCCCUUUACCUUUACCUUUUUACAUUGAUUAUUGCUUUCAUUUCAAUUGUCUUGUUAGAUAGUAAAACUCAUGUUAAAUUGCUGUUUUAGGGGUUGGUUUUAAAAGUCUGGAACGGAUUAAUCCAUUUUGCAUUACUUUCUAUGGGAAAAGCGUGCCUUGGUUUAAGAUUGGGCUUCCGGAACGGAUAAAGUUUGUAAACCAAAGUACCACUGUAAAUAUUUGCAAAUUAUGCAAUAAAACUACAUAUCAUUUCAACUGAAGACAAACCAUGAAAAUACAAGCCAACCAAAGUUAAAUGCUUAGGCCCAAUUGAUUUCAGAGGAAGAUUGGUAUAGACAUUACACAGCCUAAUGGUUGAACUGUGGUUUGCUCUCCUUCCCAUUCAAAUGCCCAUUUUGGAAUUGAGAAUGCCCUUCUGUCUCUCUCACACAAGCUAUUCUCCCUCCAUCUUCACUUUUUUCUUUUGCUAAUCACAGCUAGCCUAAAACCCUUUAAUUCUGCUUCUGACGAUGGCUUCAAUGUUAAUGCUAUACUGUUGCAAAGCACAGUUAUUUCCAAAGAGGGAGUUGUUCAAGGGAUGAGCAGGAGCUACAAUGUGGUUGUCCUGAUUGCCAUAUUAUGGUUUAACAAUUAAAUACAGUGGUACCUUGGUUCUCAAACUUAAUCUGUUCCGCAAGACAGUUCCAAAACCAAAGCGUUCCAAAACCCAGGCAUGCUUUCCCAUAGAAAGUAAUGCAAAAUGGAUUAAUCUGUUCCAGACUUUUAAAAACAACCUCUAAAACAGCAAUUUAGCAUGAAUUUUACUAUCUAACGAGACCAUUGAUCCAUAAAAUGAAAGCAAUAAACAAUGUACUGCAGUCAUACAAUCAAUCAAUCAAUCAAUCAAUCAGUAGCUGAACUGGGUUCCACACAGUCACACAAAAAAAGAGCCGCAAAAACAAAACGCUAAAUAAAUAGCAAAAACAGACAGAUCUCAGAGUAACACUCAAAACAGAAGUGUGGCACUCAAAUGGGAAGUGUAAGACUCAAAAUGGAGCACAAUCGACUUCUGAAAAAAGUUCGCAAACCGGAGCACUUCCGGGUUUGCAGUGUUUAGGUUCCAAGAUGUUUGAAUACCAAGGUGUUUGAGAACCAAGGUACCACUACACUGUUUCAAACAUAUUAAGCCACCCUUAGCUUAGUGAUUGCAUGCCAAUCAGCAGUACCAGAAUGUUAUCCACAACAAAUAUCACUUCUUUCACCAUCUUGUUUUUGUUGAUAAAACAUUUAAUAAAAUUGAAAUCAUAAAUGUAUUUUUGUUCUCCCUGUUAAAUUAGCUGUUGGCUAACUAAAGCACAUGUAUUUUCUCCAUCUCUGAAAUAAUAUACACUAUUUGAAACAGCUCAAAUUAUUUGAUUCAGGCACUGGCCAAUGGAGAAGUUUAAUUUCUCUCAUUUCCCAUUACCUGGCAAUCUGCCUGCUGCAAGUGCAUCGCCUGGUAAGUGUCCGUUGACACCAUUUGCUGAUGGGUUGUUCAUCUGACCCAGCAAACCACUCCUCAUCUCCAGAUCAGUUGGGUAUGGCCUCCUAGGGUCACCUUAAAAAUAAACAAUUGGUUUGCAAUUCUUUAUUUUAUAAAAUAGAUUUUUAUUAAAGAUUUAUUGGUU